AUGACGCAGAAUGGAAACUCAUUGCAUCCAGAAGAAUUAUGGGAUGAAUUCAAAGAUUCUUUGUCCGAAGAUUUUUCACGAAAUAAUGAUGUCAUAGUAAGCCACCAAAUGGCGUAUGCUCAUAUUAAUAGUUUAUUAAUAAAUGAAGGUAAAAGUCUGGCUGAUUUUCCUACGAUGGACCAGUCAGUAGAAAUUGAUAUUAUUUUGCCGGAAGAGAAUGACAGAGUACAAAUGAGAGAAAUCGGCGAACAGCAGUAUGAACAAUUAAACAAUCAACAAAAAGAAAUUGUUGAUUAUGUUCUUCAAAUUGGUAAAAGCGCUAUUUUGGCACCACGAAAUAUUGAUGUAGAUGAAAUUAAUAAGAAAGUUACUAAUUUACUUGAUUCAAAUACAGAACGUAGAUAUACUGGUAUUGAAAGUACUGAAAAUUGUAAUAAUGGUGAUGACAUGGAUGAAGUGCUUACACCAGAAUAUUUGAAUACCUUAAAUCCUCCUUCACUUCCCCCCUAUGAACUAUGUCUGAGAAAAAACUGCAUUAGUAUGCUAAUAAGAAAUAUUAGUAUAAAUGAGGGUUUAUGUAACGGUGAUAGAACUAAUAACAUUGUUUUUCUUAAUCGUAUAACUUUAUAUUGUCAAAAUGAAUUUCCUUUCAGUUUCAAAAGAAGACAAUUCCCUGUCAAAUUAGCUUUUGCAAUGACAAUAAAUAAAUCACAGGGUCAAACAUUUGAUAAAAUUGGUAUAGAUUUACGAAGAAAUGUUUUUAAUCACGGACAACUAUAUGUUGCCAUGUCUAGUUCGAUCUUGAGGAUUCCCUCGUAG